GACCAACAGAUCAAAGUCAAAUGAUAAGAUUGCUGUACAUAGGCUACCAACUCCAGAGCGCGUUUACAUACAAAUUCUCUUCAAGUAUAUCUCAUAUCAUUAUCUACAUGUAUAAUGAUUUCAAUUUAAUACCCUGAAAUUCCAAGUCUAUAUUUUAUUUCGACCAAGGAUUGAGUGGACAGCGGAGAUAUUUCAAACAACGGCGCAGAAUUCAGGCAGAAUGAGUAGCAAUGCCGAAAGAAGUAUUUUGUAUCGUGUGGAGAAUGGCGUAGCGACAAUCACACUCAACAGACCGAAAAGGAAAAAUGCUCUUACACUUGAGAUGUACAACGAAAUACAAGAUGCACUGAAAGCAGCGGAACAAAAUGAUGAUGUAACCAUCGCAGUAAUUACAGGUACUGGGGAUUACUACUCAAGUGGGAAUGAUCUGGGGAACUUCAUGAAAGUUGACACAACUAAUAUAGAAGAGGCAACGAAACAAUCGAGCACACGAUUAGAGAGAUUUGUUAAUGCCUUCAUUGAUUUCCCGAAGCCUUUGAUUGCCGCAGUCAACGGUCCUGCAAUCGGCAUUGUUGUAACUACACUCGGAUUGAUGGAUAUCGUCUACGCCAGUGACAGAGCGACCUUUCACACCCCUUUUGCUGCUCUUGGUCAGAGUCCAGAAGGAUGCUCUUCGUAUACGUUCCCCAAGAUCAUGGGAACGGCGAAGGCCAAUGAGUUCUUGCUAUUUGGUAAGAAGAUGACCGCGCAGGAAGCAUUUGCUUGUGGUUUAGUGACAGAGGUCAUUCCUGAUUCUCAUUUCAUUGAUGUAGUAGACAAGAAGAUUAAAGAAUAUGCUAAACUUCCAAGAAAUGCUGUGCAAUCUGCAAAGAAUCUGAUCAGGAAUGGUGAGAAAGAGCACCUUCAUAGGGUGAACCGAGCCGAGUGUGACCUGCUGACCGAAAGAUGGACUUCAGAAGAAUGCACCCAGGCCAUCAUGAACUUCUUCUCGAAAUCAAAACUCUAAUGACUGAACUCUUUCAAGUUUUUUUAAGUUUCACCCCGAUAGUAACGGGGAAUCGGAAUUCAAGAUGAAGUAAUUUCAAAUUCAUAAUUUGCCACUUAUUGCUAUAUGCACCAUUUUGUCGACUGUUCCCCCCGUUCCCUCCCGAGUGUAUAUUAUUCGUCGCAAAAUCCCACAAUUUCCACAUUGAAUUUGCAUUUCUUCAAGAUGAGAAGAAGAAAUAUGAGUGGUGAAAAGAACUGUCUGUGUCGUAGAAUUUUAUUUUUGUUAACUCAUGUUUGGACGGUUCCCCCAUCAUCCUGGCACCGUCCAUUACUUAAGGGGAUUGAAAUAAAUUUGUUCCCCUUCUUAAUUUGAUUUAAUUUUCAUUUAUUGAUGAUGUUCAUUGUAUACGUUAUUCUUCUUGUCCGACUUCGAUUCCAUGAAGAAUAUUUAUAUUCAUUUAUUAAAUAAACUCAUACAUGUACAUGCGGAUGUGAGGAUUUCAGCAGGUCUACAGCUGUCAUUUUGUCUCUUGGAACCGAGGUAGUUAUGUGUCACAUUUCUUCUUUGAAUCAAAUCUAAAUUUCAAUUCUAACAUUAUAAAAGGGAUGAGCAAGAUUUUCGCCUUAUAUGUGCCUCGAUAGCAAGAACUCUUGAUAAUAACAUCAAAGGCAGAAGUUUUUGGUAUGACUAGGUCAGGGAUCGAACCCACGACAUCCCGUCCAUGAGAAGGGCGCUGUAUCGCUAAAGGCGACCGCACACC